GGCGGUCAUCGGGACCCGGCGGAGCCGUUUCGGGGGACAACGGCUGACGUAUAGACAGCUAUUCAAUAAGAGCAAAGCAUCGCACGACUGUGCUCAAUUUCGUCGUGGUGAUACCAAGAAAUACUUGAAGAUUUCCUGUACAAAUAGUGGUACUCCUUCUCAGAGGUGAUUUGGUUGCCUGCUUCAACUGGUGUUGUUGCAUUUCUGAGCUACUUUGAGAUCUUGACCUAAACCAUGGGUGUGGUAGUGGCAGAUGAUAAAGUGCCAGCAGUUAAAGCCCCUGAUGGAGGCUGGGGUUGGGCGAUUCUCAUUGGAUGUUUCGUCAUCACUGGGUUCUCUUAUGCCUUUCCAAAAGCAGUCAGUGUUUUCUUCAAGGAAUUAAUCAAGGAGUUCCAUGUUGGGUACAGUGAUACUGCUUGGAUCUCUUCCAUUGUUCUUGCCAUGUUGUAUGGAACAGGACCUUUAUCCAGUGUGCUUGUAAAUCGCUUUGGUUGUCGUCCUGUUAUGAUGGCAGGAGGCUUUUUUGCAUCGGCGGGUAUGAUACUGGGAUCACUGUGCACCAGCAUUAUUCAAAUCUACUUAACAGUUGGAGUUAUCACUGGUCUGGGUCUAGCUUUGAACUUCCAACCAUCACUUAUUAUGAUAAACCGCUACUUUGACAAGCGGCGACCAUUAGCAAAUGGCUUAACUGCAGCUGGGAGUCCUGUGUUCUUGUGUGGCCUCUCUCCAUUAGGCCAGAUCCUAUCCAAGCACUACGGGUGGCGAGGCGGCUUCCUUAUUCUUGGGGGUCUACUGUUGAACUGCUGUGCAUGUGCAGCCCUGAUGAGACCACUGAAAGCAAGCACCAAAGGACAAGCAAAGUUAGAGGGAGGAAAGGACACACAGGUGGAGAAAGCAAAGAAGAAGAAAACGAAGCUGCUGGACUUCUCAGUUUUUAAGGAUCGAGGUUUUGUGAUUUAUACAAUAGCAGCUUCUGUCAUGGUCUUUGGACUCUUUGUUCCUCCCGUCUUUGUAGUAAACUAUGCAAAAGACUUGGGAGUACCAGAUACUGAUGCUGCUUUCUUGUUGAGCAUCCUGGGUUUUGUUGAUAUUUUUGCACGACCUCUUUGUGGUGUUAUUGCUGGAUUGAAGGCCGUCCGACCUCGAUGUGUAUAUUUUUUUGGCUUCGCUAUGAUUUUCAAUGGGAUUACAGAUCUUGGUGGCUCUUUUGCUGAUGAUUAUGCUGGACUGACUGUCUUUUGCAUUUUCUUUGGAAUGUCCUAUGGAAUGGUGGGAGCCCUGCAGUUCGAAGUCUUGAUGGCAGUUGUUGGAACUGAAAAGUUCUCAAGUGCUAUUGGCCUGGUAUUAUUGGUUGAAGCCAUGGCUGUCUUGGUAGGCCCACCAGGAGCUGGGAAGUUGUUGGACUAUACGAAAGCUUACAAGUACGUUUUUUAUUUGGCUGGUUCUGAAGUGGUCCUCUCUGCCCUAAUAAUGGUUAUUGGAAACAUUUUAUGCAUAAGUGGGAAAAAGAAAUCGUCUGAAAUUGAGCAAAAGGAAAACGUAGAGGAAGGGGAGAAGCAACAGGAACAGCGACCAGGGGCAGUGGAAACCGUGGAGGUGGAGCAGUUCUUAAAAAAUGAGACCGGAGAAAAUGGUGAAAUUUUACCAACACCUGAAACGAGUGUAUGAAACUUGAUGGAAGAAACAAUGUUUACAGAGGUCAAUGAAAUGAGUUUGUAUAUUUAUUUAGAAAUGUGAGUUGAGUAGGUAACAAAAACAUGUAUUGUUGAGUAGGUUAUUUAAUUGUGCAGAAUAUUUUUGUGACAUUUGUUUUAAAUUUGCUGCCUUGCAUUUGUCAUUGUGUGUCUUUCAGAAAUCUUUAAAAUGUAACAGUAUUUUUCAUAAGUUAAGAGAUGCUUUAAGAGCAUUUUGGAGGUGUGGAGGAUGAAAAUAUCAAACCUAUAGAACUGAUUUCCACAAAAAUGGGGAAAGAAACAGGUGUACAACCUAAACUAUGCUAACAAUAUUGAUGACAACAAUACUCCUCCACUUUACUGUGGAAAACAGCGGCCAAUUUAUGUGGCAGAAUCACUUGUGGACCAGCAUAAGUUAGGUAUUCUUAGAGAAAGCAGAAAGGAACUAGAUGCAAACUUGGCAUUGUCUGGAGUACUAACCACAUUCUUCUAGUGUUUUUUAAUGUCAACUAAGUAGCCAAGUUGCUAGUAUGUAGCAAACUUCCAAGGCAAUAGCAUAAUGUUAGAACCUUUUUAAAGUCCCUUGUUGUUAAUAUUGGCUUGUUACCAUUGAAAAAUAUUCUUGCUCUGAUUCAUACAGAUUACUAUUUACACUGUACUGAGACAUGAGACUGAUAAUGAUUAAAGCUUCCAAUAAUUCUA